GGCUUACCUACAAUGAAAAGUCGUUUUGCCCUUCCUCUCCAGCUGUCGGCUAUCGCUGCGUGUUCUGGCAUCUUCCCUUUCUUUUCACUGUUUUUCCUUCUGUUGCUUCUCACUUCUUUUCCUCUAAUUUGACUUCGUUUGUUUUGGGUUCUGUGGUUUUGGUUUCGUUUGUUCUCUCUGCCUUCUUCUCUGUUGUUCUCUCUCCCGGAAACCCUUCGAUCUCCAUUUGCCGUUAUCGUCCAACUCCGAUUUAGCCACCCUUCGGGAACUCCAUCUACUUCAAUUUCCCUGCAUAUCUUUCUCUCCGAAGCUCCAAAUUCUUGGCCAAAUAGAACAUCGAACUCCCAGGUGGUCACCAGCUCCAGUUUGAGGUCGAGAAGCACUCGGUCAACGACGUUCCCGACGCCAAGAUUUCGUAAGGUCUCAAUAUCGAAGAAGAUUUCUUACGCUCUUUGUCAACGAUGACGACCUGAGGCAGAUUCUGUCCCGUUUUGAAGAAGAUUUUUCAAGCGACUUUGAAUUCACGAUCACCAGCAAUAAUCUCAUCAAGGUCCCAGGACGAAUCACGAGAAUUCACUGCCGAAUUGCAUGGUGUUAAGUAUAGUUUCCCAGCUGCAAUCGUUAUGAAUUGGCGUUUAAUGAAGCUGUUAUUUUGUCUUCGUAAUCAAAUGCUUCGUAUUACUGUCUGAUUUUGUUCUUCUCCACUUUCAAGAACCACCGCUGUUUAUUGAAGAAUUACAAAGAAGGAUUACAAAAAAUCACCUAAUGCUUUGGAAAAUCCCUUGGUGAUUCUAUUUGUUACAUAGAUGACAGAUUUCAUAUCACCUACCUGCCUCCAACUAUUUUCCACAAUCUACAGUUGCAAUGCUUUUGAUGGAUAAAGCACAGAGGACCCAGCUACUCUUAUACAGCUUCUUUAGCAUCGUCGUCCAUUUUUUUAGACACUCUGCUCGGUCUGUCCAUUAAAGGACUGAAAAAGCCGGGCCUUUCCAUUUGCUUCCAGUACGUUCCAUUUGCUUCCGGUACGUUCUUCUUUCCCAACCGCUCCCAAGUCCCAACACGUUGCCUCUACGCACCCCUCCUGCUGCUGCUCUCUUCCUUUUGCUUCCAAUACGUUCUUCCAACCCAGCCCCAAUUCUCUCUCGACAGUUUUCCAGGAAGCACAACGUGAAUCCCGUCCCAGUUCUCCCGAUUCGAAGAAAAAUCUUCAACUAGCUUUGAUUUCAGGAAAGGGUGUCCCAUCGGUCUAAAUAAGAGUGGGUGGAGGGCAGUUUGCAGAGUGACAGAGCUGUUGGACAGAGGUCGCAUGAAAGGUUCUCUUCUGGGAGUUUUGGAGGAGUUGGGGAGGAAGUACAAAGUCUUCAGUAGCUGAGAUUCAAAGCUGCUUCGCUUUCUUUCUCAAGUGUUUCAUCAAGGAAGAAGAUGGCUUAUAUAAUACAAGCUUAGGAAGAUAUCAGUAUUUAUGUUUGGGAAUGAGCUUCCUGCCAAAACAGAGUGAAAUUAAGGAGAGGAUUAAGAAGACCAAGUAAAGAAGAGGCGUGGUUUUGCAAUCUAUGACUGCAGCUGUGACAAAGCUUUUCAUAGUGGUCAGGAUGGUUGAAGGAAAAUACGGUGUAUAAUCUUGGGAGUGCUUUCGAUUCUAAUCUCAUCUCUAAUAUGAAUAUAGGUUACAACCGUGCCCUGUGUAAUCCAAAAGCUAAAAUCACACCCUCUCAAUCUGAACUUCGUCGGUACUACCAGUUUUGUGCUGACUUUGAUUCCACACUUCAGAAAGGUACUGGGACGUUGUUUGGAACAAAGUUGGAGGUGACGAUGUGGUGGAAAAGUAAACGGGAGCUACUGUGCUGCUUAUGCAGUAAGGUUCACCAUCAUCUCUAGAUACUAGCAGCACGUCAAAGUUGAAGUAAGCGUAAAUGGCAAGGGUUUUGGCCGCAACUGGAAGUUGUAACGAGUGUAACUAUACUGGGACAUGUAAUGAGAAGAAAUGUUUUAAGUAGUUGUGGGGAGCUUAUAAACAUGUUUACUUCUGGCCUAUGCUUACUCUUAAGAGUUGUAUUGGACAGAACAGCUAUCCUCGGGGAAGCUGUAGCACCUGAGGAUUUUGAAGGUGAUCCGAUCAAAGGCCAUUUGCAGCUAAUGAUUCUCAAUUUCUCGAGUACACCAGUAAAGGUCCUCUAUCUUUAUUUCUCAUGGACAUUUUUUUUUUCUUGAUAACAUAGUUCACAAGGCUUUUAACCUGUUAUUAUGAUUACUAUUAACAAUUAUUCUUAGAGAGAGAGACGACGAAACCAACCAGUGCAUUUUCAAGGAGUACUAGAACAUCAUUUUUGGAAUUAGAUAACAAUACUUGCUAUAAUUUUGGUAAGGAAUCAGUUGACAAUGUGGGGAUCAUGGAUUUCGGAUUCGGCAUUCUCUGAAAUUAGCCAAGGAGUGGAAAUUUUGAUUGGUUUGAUUGGUAAUUUAGUAUGUUCUUUAAAUUCUAUAAUUACGAGAGAAACAUAGAUCAUCGUAUUAUAUAUUUUGAACUAUCUUUAUAUGUUUAUCAAUUUAUUUUUUAUGGUUUUCAGUUUCCUAAAUGAAGUUUGAUAUGUAUGAAAUUUGACAAUUUAUCUUCCUUUGCAUUCUUGCAUUUGAACUGCAAAUUAGUUUAUGCUAAAUGCUGUUUUAUAAUUUAGAGAAAAGGUUUCAAUUGAUUGUCAUAAAAUGCAGUUGCAAAUUUGAUGAUUUAGAAUUAGCUUAUCCAUCUUCCAUAUGAUUUCUAAUCCCGCUGCAACUCGCGGACAACAAUUUCUAGUAUCUAACUAAAAUAACUGAGAAAAUUUGUGCGAUGGGGGCACUAUUUUGUCUUCCAUAGGCCCCUCAGAAUUAGAAUAAUGGACAUGCCAACAACUAUGAGUUUAUGAGGGUAUAAUAGCUAUGUAGCCUACGUCUGUAGGACUAGUAGUGAUUGAAGUCACAAAAAUGACUUUUCGCAGUUACCAUCUUCUCAAAAGAAGUUUAAAAGUCAGUUUACCAAACGAAAAAUAUAUAAAGCACAAAAGAAACGCACAAAUUAAAAAAAAAUUUAAACGUAAGUAGACAAAAAUAAAAGUAAAAAAUUUUGCAAAGCUCUCUGUUGUUGGAUAUGUGACACUUACCUGCAAGUCUGCAACACAAAACAAAAAUCUCACCUCACGGUCCACAAUUUACUUCCAAUUCAUUUUUCAUCACACCAAAACCUUUGCCUUGCGCACCUACUACUAUGGCAUUAGACACCCGAGGCCAUAGUGGUGGCAGCAGCCACCACCACCCCCACAAACUGCUCAAGCCACCCCAUGUAGCCAUUGUCCCAACCCCGGGCAUAGGUCACCUCACUCCCCUCAUCGAGUUAGCCAAACGACUCGUUGUCCAUCACAACUUCUCCAUCACGUUCAUCAUCCCCAACGACGGGUCGCUUUUGACACCCCAAAAGAAGGUCCUCGAAGUCCUCAGUUCUCUUUCCAUUUCUUAUGUCUUACUCCCUCCGGUGAGCUUCGACGAUCUUCCUGAUGACACCAUGAUCGAGACCAAGAUCAGUCUCACCUUGACUCGGUCCCUCUCGGCUCUUCGGGACUCAGUAAGGGUACUAAACGAGUCAACUCGGCUAGUGUCACUUAUUGUUGAUGUUUUUGGUGUCGACGCUUUUGAUGUCGCCGUUGAAUUCCAAGUGUCUCCUUAUAUGUUUUUCCUCAAUAGUGCUAUGGGGUUGUUGCUUGUAUUUCAUAUGCCACACCUUCAUGAGACAACUUCUUGUGAGUAUAGGGACAUGCCUGAACCGGUCCAACUCCCUGGCUGUGUGCCACUUCAUGGUCGAGAUUUCCCGGAUCCGCUUCAGGAUAGGACCAACCCGGGCUACAAAGCUGUGAUUCACAUGUGCAAGAAGUAUGGUUCGGCUGCUGGGAUCAUGGUCAAUAGCUUUGUGGAUUUGGAACCGGGUGCCUUCAAGGCUCUUAGGGAACAAGGGAGAGGUAUUCCACCGGUUUAUCCGGUUGGACCGGUAAUAAAAACCGGUUCAAUAGAUGGGAUCGAUGGGGAUGAGUGUCUGAGGUGGCUUGAUAAGCAGCCCAAUGGGUCAGUUUUAUUUGUUUCAUUUGGGAGCGGUGGGACUUUCUCACAGGAGCAACUGAAUGAGUUGGCCUUGGGUCUUGAAUUGAGUGGGAAUAGAUUUAUUUGGGUAGUCAAGAGUCCAAACGAGACGGUUAAAAAUGCUUCUUAUUCUAGUGUCAAAGGCGAAGAAAACCCGCUUGGGUUUCUACCAAACGGGUUUUUGGAGAGAACCAAAGAUGUGGGUCUAGUUGUGCCGACAUGGGCCCCACAGGUCGAAGUGCUGAAUCACAGGUCAACGGGUGGGUUUUUGACCCAUUGCGGGUGGAACUCGAUACUAGAGAGCAUCGUGCAUGGUGUGCCUCUGAUUGCCUGGCCGCUCUAUGCAGAGCAAAAGAUGAAUAAGGUGAUACUAGUUGAUGGUUUGAAAGUUGCAUUGGGGGUCAAAGAGAAUAAGAAGGGCAUAGUGGAGAGCCAAGAUGUUGCUAAUUAUGUUAGGGACCUAAUUGAAGGAGAUGAAGGAAAGUUGCUAAGGGAGAAGAUGAAAGAGUACAAAGAGGCAGCCAAAUUGGUUUUGGCAGAAACAGGGUCCUCUACCAAAUCACUUGCUGAGGUUGCUCAAAUAUGGAAGGGAUUCAACUCAACAACUAAUUUGUAACCUACUUUAUCAAUUAUUGCUUCCUAAGUGAUCAGUAACAAUAAUAUAUAUAUAUAUAUAUAUAUAUAUAUAUAUAUAUUUGUGUGUGUGUUGUUUCCUUGGCUUUUAUCUUGAAUGAUAUCUUCUUUUACUUUGUUAA